AUGGAUCGCGACAGCAGAAUCAUCACCCCCCGUGAGGUGGAGGGCAUGAUCGCAGAUGGACGCACAAUCGUCAUUCUUGAUGAGAUGGUUCUUCGCCUCGACGGAUGGAUGGGCAAGCAUCCCGGUGGACAGUUGGCUAUCCUGCACAUGGUUGGAAGAGAUGCGACCGACGAGAUCAAAGUGUACCAUUCGGCUGCCACACUCAACACCAUGAAGGCCUUUCGGAUCGGCCGGAAACCUGCGGGUCCCUGGAUCAACAUGACACCACCAAUUAGGGGCGGCGUCUACACCAAGCAAGAAACCACAACACCGGCAACUGCAUCCAACGCCAGCACUCCCGCUGGUACUACUGCAGAUGAUACCACGGACGCUGCCGUCGACUGCCCCUCGUCCGAUCUCGAUGAGGACGACUCCGCCGACGACGCCGUCUCCGAUGUAUCUGGCGGGAGCUCCCGCACGUCCCUGACUUCCGAAUGCAGCAGUGCAGAGGUCGAGGCCAAGCCCGAGCCUCAGACUGAGACGGGCAUUAGACGUCGUCUUGCUGCACCUGCAGACCCAACCGACGAUGCCCUCGCCGCUGGCCCCGGUCUGUCGGGCCGGAGCCGCAUGACCGCUGACCAGUACACCGAGUGGUCUAUCCAACAGAACAUCAAUAAGGAUCUCGACGAGUACCCUUCUCUCGACCCUGCCGUCCAGCGCGACAUCCAGGACAAGUACCGCCUGCUCCAUGAGCGUAUCAAGGAUGCUGGUCUCUAUGACUGCCCUUACUUGGACUAUGGCAAGGAGAUGUGCAGAUACUCGACUCUCUUCGCCCUCUUCCUCACCGCUCUGCACUAUGAGUGGUACAUGACCUCGGCCUGCUUCUUGGGUCUCUUCUGGCAUCAGAUCAUGUUCUCUGCCCACGACGCUGGACACGGUGCCAUCACCCACAACUUCACCUUUGACACCCUCAUUGGCCUCUUUGUUGCCGACUUCUGCUGCGGCCUUUCCAUGGGAUGGUGGAAGAGCAGUCACAAUGUCCACCAUCUCAUUACCAACCAACCUGAGCACGAUCCCGAUAUCCAGAACGUCCCUCUCUUCGCCACCUGCCCCUCUUUCUUCAAGUCCAUCAAGUCGACUUACUACGACGGCUUCGUCUUCGUAUGGGAUGCCGCCGCCGAUGUUCUCGCCAAGUACCAGGCGUACACCUACUACCCCGUCAUGGGCAUCGCUCGCUUCAACCUCUACCUUCUCUCCUGGCUUCACGUCCUGUCCCGCAGAUCUUCCUCCCUGGGAGCCUCCAAGGCAUGGUGGAUUCGCCCGACUGAGAUCGCCUUCAUGGCCUGCUUCUGGUACAUCUUUGGCUGGCGUCUGAUCCUCAACACUCUUCCCACCUGGCCCAUCCGCGUCGCCUUCGUUUUGGUUUCUCACAUUAUCACCAUGCCUCUGCACGUUCAGAUUACUCUGUCUCACUGGGGCAUGUCCACCUCGGACCUUGGCGAGUCCGAGUCCUUUGCCCAGCGCCAGCUCCGCACCACCAUGGACGUCGACUGCCCCGCCUGGUUGGACUUCAUCCACGGCGGUCUUCAGUUCCAGGCCGUGCACCACCUCUUCCCGCGCGUCCCGCGGCACAAUCUCCGCAAGGCGCAGGUGUUUGUGAAGGAGUUCUGCAAGGAUACCGGUAUCCCUUACUCUAUUUUGGGUUUCGUUGAUGGCAACAAGAAGGUUAUUGGAAGACUUGAGGAGGUUAGCGAUCAGCUUCGUACACUGCUCAACUGCCAAAAGUUUAUGGCGGAGACGGGCGAAAGCGCCCUGCAUUAG